AUCACCUAGGCAUGCAGACUGCUUCUACAACAUUUGUGAAAGAAUGGAUCGCACUAAGGUGUUCAGUGAAUUCAAGCGUGUACCGUGAUAGGCUGUCACCUGUGCAAUAAGUCCAUCUGUGAAAGUUCCUUGCGCCUAAAUAUUCCACAGUCAACUGUUACUGGUAUUAUUACAAAGUGGAAGCAACUGGGAACAGCAGCAACUCAGCCUUGAAGUGGUAGGCCACGUAAAAUGACAGAGCGGGGUCAGCGCAUGCUGAAGUGCACAGUGCGCAGAAGUCGCCAACUGUCUGCAGAGUCAAUAGAUAAAGACUUCCAAACUUCAUGUGGCUUUCAGAUUAGCACAACAGUGUGUAGAGAGCUUCAUGGAAUGGGUUUCCAUGGCCGAGCAGCUGCAUCCAAUCCUUACAUCACCAAGUGCAAUGCAAAGCAUCGGAUGCAGUGGUGUAAAGCACGCCACCACUGGACUCUAGAGCAGAUACCUGCCUGAUUGCAUUCUGCCAAGUGUAAAGUUU